AGGCGGGAAGGUGUCCGCGGCGGAAGCCGGAAGCGGCGGCGGGGCGAUGGCGGCGGCGGUGCGGCUGUGGGUGCGCACCGAGCCGUUCCUGGUGGGAGCGCUCCCGGCCCCGCCGCCCGCCCGCCUCACCCCGCACUACCUGCGCAAGGUGGCCGCCUACGCCCGCGCGCGGGCCGACCAGGGCUGCUUCCCGCGGCUGCGCUGGCCCUGCUGGCGGCACAUCGCCUGCGGGAAGCUGCAGCUGAGCCGCGACAUCGCCUGGCUCUACUUCGAGCUCUUCCGCGGCCUCCUCGGGCCCGCCCCGCCGCUCCGCCUGCGCUGGGCCGAGGCUGAGGCGGCCUGCGCCAGCGCCGAGGAGCUGGAGCGGGAGCGGAGCAAGCUCUCCGUGGACACGCUGCAGUUCCUGCUCUUCCUCUACGUGCAGCAGCUGCACAAGGUUUCCCUGCGGCGCUCUCUGCUCGGGGACGAGUGGCCCAGCCCCAGGACCAAGUCUCCCAGCCUGACAGGGAAAUCGGCCGGCGGGAAUAAGAACUGGAACGACCAGGAGCACCUUGCCUUUGUGCAGAGCCACCUCUUGGAUAUCUUGGAGCUGCUGCUGGAGCCAGAGCAGCUCUCAGCCUCUUCCCAUUCCAGCUGCAGCAGCCUGGUGUCCUUUGAAGCCGUGUGUGCCCUCAGCUUCCUGCUCGAGGGCACCGUCAGCAGCUCGGGCACCGUGCAGCCCCUGCACGAGCUGGCCCUCAGGCAGCCCUGCCACGGCCACAACGGCUUCUCCAAGGGCUCCAGAACCUUCUCCCUGCCCAAGCUGGAGAGCUGGCUGCGCUCCUCCCUCACUGCCAAUCCCUUGGGAAUGACUGUCUGCCUCAAGGCUGGGAGGAAGCUCGCCUGGGCACAGCAAGUGGAAGGAACAACCAGGAGAGCCAAGAUUGCCUGCAGUGCCCGUGUGGUGCCAGAGGUGUCCCCCAUGGUGAUCAUGAGCCAGGUGUACAGGCAGACCCUGGCCAAGAGCUCGGACACUCUGGUGGGGGCUCACGUCAGAAUCCAUCGCUGCAACGAGUCCUUCAUUUACCUCCUGUCCCCUCUGCGAUCGGUGACCGUCGAGAAGUGCCGGAAUAGCACCUUUGUCCUGGGCCCCGUGGGGACGUCAGUCCACGUCCAGAGCUGUGACAACGUCAAGGUCAUCGUGGUUUGCCAUCGCUUGUCCCUUUCGUCCACCACGGGCUGCACUUUCCACAUUCUCACACCCACGCAGCCCCUCAUCCUCUCGGGGAACCAGGCAGUCAGCUUUGCCCCUUUCCACACCCAUUACCCCAUGCUGGAGGACCACAUGGCUCAGGUGGGCUUGGCCACUCUGCCAAACUACUGGAACAGCCCCAUGCUGGUGUGCAGGGACAGCGGUGACACGAACGUCUUCCGGCUCCUGCCCCCCUCAGACUUCUACACCUUUGUGAUUCCCUUUGAGAUGGAAGGAGACACCACAGAGACCCCAGGGGGGCUUCCCCAGGAGUACCAGGAGGUGCUGAGCCAGCGGGAGCAGAAGGUCCAGGCGUGGCAGCGCAUGGUGAGGGAGGCAGGGCUGACCAGGGAUCAGAGGAAACAGUUCCAGGCUGUGGUAGAAAACAAAUUCUAUGAGUGGCUGGUUCAGACAGGGAACCGACAGCAGCUGGACAGCCUGGUCCCUCCUGCCCUGGGCUCCAAGCAGGCAGCAGGAUAACAUUUUGGGCAGGACAACGUUCCUGGGCAGCAGAAGGAAAGGCAGAGCUCUGGGAACAGCCAGUGAUCCACUCAGCCCAGUUCUCAUGAAGACUUUGUGCCAUUUCACCUGCUGACACCCAGCCCUGGUGUGGAUGGGACUGCCUGGCUGCUGUAGGAUUCCUGAGCAUUGCUGCAUUCCCAGGAAUGUGCUGUAGCCAUCCUGUUGGUGACUGAGAGGUGCCUGGCACUGGGGGAAGAUGAAGCUGUGCCUUGUUGCAGAGCUGCCACAGCAGUUAGUGUCCAUGGUGAGCAGAUGUCCAGUACACCAGUCCUGGGACAAAGCUGGAUGCAGGCCCUGGGCAUCCCCUGCAUCCUCAUGGUACAAACCAGUAGUGCUGUUUUUAUGAAUGUGAAAAAGAAAUGUUUAAGUUUUUUAUGGAUGAAUCAAACAGGUAUUUUUUAAAUAUGAAGAUGGCACUUUUUGAAGAUUAAUUUUUGUAUCUGGUUGCAUCGUUUUGACAAAUGUCAAUAAACCAGAUUUGUUGGAUUGACCUGGCA